UGUACAUGCCUGCAGCGAGCGGCAGAAUCCUAGGAGGGUAUACUACUGAGACUCCGGCGCGGCGGCGGCAGCUGGUGUGACUCCGACAGUUUUCCACAGAAACGCCAUUGCCUUCCGACAGCGUCACCUAGCGGUGUGUGCGCCUGCGUGUCCAGGUGAAGAGUCAGAGCUGUGUGGGCGGAUUCUUUCACCCUUCUGCUCCAAGAUGGCUUUCAGAGAAUUCUGCCCCAGUGCACAAGUCAUCGGUGUACUGAACAAACUAAACUCACAGCUUCCUUGUUCAACAUCACAUUAUGAGAUUCACCCAUACCACUGAGCAUAACUGUGGACCAUUUAUUCUCAUCGCCAUAUAGUAUUCCAUUGUGCAAUAAUACAGAAGAUAAGAUUAUGGAACACUCCCUUGGAGUUCCUAAGAAGGAGGGCUUUACUACUUCACCUCCAAGAUUAAAAUUUUAUAACCAUGAAAGCCAAGGCUGGCACGGCAACCAUACCCACCAUUUCUAUGCUGAACUAGAGAACUUCGGGAAGGGAAAUGUGUAUUCGUCUUCUAUAAUGCUAGUAUGUGUAGUCUUAGGCCUGGUCAUCACCAUCUCCGGCGUCACCAUCAUCCUGGCCAAGAAGGCCUGGCGGCUCCAGCCCCGCCCGCCCCAUCGCCACUGCCGCCGCCGCUACUACCGGGGAGACGCCGAGGCUGACCAAGACUCCCAGGAGCACUCCUUCUGCCGCCGUGGGAUACACUGUGCCUGCAGCCUCAGGGGAUACCGGUUCAGCUCUCUGCACCGGCUGCACAUAGACGCUCCACCAAGCUACGAAGAGUGCAUGGGGCCGGGGGCCACCCAGCUGUACCCACCCACGGAGGCGCCCCCACCCUACUCGCUGACAGACACCGACAGUGGCCACAGCUCCGGCGGACACCAGCAGGCGCACACUGACCUCUUCACCGUCUCCAUGGAUGCCCUGCCCCCUUAUGAGGCUGUGUGUGGGCCUUGCCCUCCACCGAGCCUGCUGCCACUGCCAGGCUCAGAACCAGAGCCAAGCAGCCCCCAGGGCCCGCCGAGCCCAAAAGGAAGCCUGGCUUCCAGCCCAGAGAUGAUUGUGUGAAUGCCAGUCCCUAGGGGCUGAGAAAGACCUUUCGGGAACACAGGGAGCGCGUGCACGCACGCACGCACACACACACACACACACACACACACACACACACACUCAUGCACACAGAGACACACACAUACAC